AUGACACAACCCAACGACAACAGCAGCAUUACCGCAGAUGCUGCACCACCCACCGCGAUCGAUGAGGAUCAUCCCGAUGGCGAUGCUAUUCGUCGUCAGGUAAGAGCCCAGACUUUUGUUUUCUUCUUCCUCGCUUUGUCCCACACUGACCCUGGCCAGGUGGAGUUCUACUUUUCUGAUGAGAACCUGCCAACAGACCUUCACCUCUUGAAAUGCUGUGGCGGCCGCGAGAAUCUCCCUGUCUCAAUCAGUCUCAUAUGUGGCUUCAAAAAGAUGAGGGGUUACAAACCCAAGAAGCUCGUCGUUGCUGCUCUGCGAAAGAGCCUGGUCCUCGAGGUGGUUGAGAAUGGAAAGAAGAUCAAACGCAGACGACCUAUGCAAGGAACGUGCAUUUUGGAUCCAGAUUUCUUCGACGCAGAUGAUGGUAUUGCACAUGAUCCGCGAGUUUGCCGCCAGCCAGCUGUAUAUCCUGUUCCACUCCUUCCCCAGAACAAGGUGGAGUAUCCCAAGGGUAUUAGCAAGAACAUGCUGAAGCCAACUGGGUUCGAAAAGACCUACAUUGAACCGAUGCCCACACCUCAAGAAGCAGCAGAAGAAGAAGCCAUGUAUGACCCAGAGAAGUCCUUCAUUGAGCGCAUCGAGAUAGCAAUCCAGCGUUUCAAGCAGAAACGGCGUAUGCAUGAGAUGUAUGCACACGUCUUCAACAAACUCAUGCGCUUUAGUGGAGUAGAGUCUGGCCCACGCAUGAACCAAGGUCUUUCAAGGCAAGAGAUGGCCAGUAUGGAUGCAGAGGAGGUCGCCAAGGCACUCGCCAUCCAUAAUGUACCCUGGAGUCGCGCGGACACAAAGCAAUGGGUCGUCGACUUUUAUGGCGUUGCUAAGGCCUUUCUCUCCUCGUGGUACCCUGCUCACUACGGUAUGACGCCUCAAGGUAUCAAAAAUGCUUGCCAAGUUCUCCGCUCCUUCUAUAAAUAUCUCCUAUAUCACGACGUUUGUCCUGAAUACAAAGAAGAUCUCAUUCGUGCCCGUGAUCUCUGUGAUCAGGCUGAGCAGGAAUUGCCCAAGGUCGUUGCUGCUGGUCUUGCGCUACCUGGGGACUUUAACAAGUCCGCAAGCGUCAUUUUUGGUGGCGCCCACGCAGGACAAUACACUGGUGAUCAGCCAUGGGCCCUGAAAUUGCAGGCGGAAGGCGUCGACAUUGCUGAGAUUGGUAUACGAAAGGAGGAAGCAAAGAUCAAGUUCAAAGCUGGUGUCUUCAUCAUGGGCACCGAUGGCCAGGCGGACAAGCUUGAGGGUGGAACUCUCAUUGCUGUGGGCAAGGAACAGGUCGGCCUUGAAGUCAUCGGCAUCAGCCUUCCCGACGAAAACACGAAGCUGGCCUAUGAGCAGACUGGUGACUGGGGUUUAGAGCUCAGUAAGCUUGAGCCUUUGGGGAAACUCAUCUGCAAGACCUGGAUCAUGGAUGACUGUGAUGAGUGGGAUCUUCCGAAUGCUCCGGGUAAGUACCCCCAAGGUAAACCAUAUCGGACGUCUGAUGUCAAAACGUACGAGUUCUGGGUUGAAGCGAGUGUGCUUGAAGAGUGUUUCUUGGGCAUGAAACUGGAUGCCAGUGUUCUCACUCUCACAGACGGUCUGGCCAUCCUCGACGACGUCAAAGAGAGCAUGUGCAAUUUCUUCACCUGGCUCCCGAAUGAAUUGUGGAUGGAGAGGAAGCCCAAGGAAGUGCGUUGGUUGAGCAAAGGAUUGGGUGUAGACGACGAAGAGGAUCAAGCCAACGGCAAGAACAACGAGGGCGAGGGCAAGGGCAAAGACGACGACGACUUUGAUGAUGAGUAG